AUGGGAAAUACAUCUCUGCAUCCACCUCCACAACAUGAGACAUCUACUCAAUUCCCCUACGAAAACAAUGACAAUGAAGCACGUAUGCCUGUAACUGAUGUUGGUACCAACACCCAAUUCGAUGAUAGUCAGGAUGAAAACAUACUGGAGACGCCACAAUAUCCUCCACAAGCUCCUAGAAUGCAAGCCAACCAGGUUGUUGCACGAGCGACUUGUAUUUGGUCUGUUGCGGAAGAUGAAGCUUUGAUUGGGUUGUAUUUACAAAUUAGCGAAGACGCUAGUGUAGGUACGAACCAGAAAGCUUCUGACCUAUGGCGCAAUGUCCACGCUGCCUAUCAAAGGGCUCAGGCGGAGAAGUCGAAUGUACUUCCGCCUAGACCUAUGAAGAGUUUGUCAUCGCACUGGAGAAGGCUAGCAGCAGACACACUACAGUGGAUAUCUUGUUAUGAUGAAGCGGGUAGACUUUCCGAGGGAGGUAGUGGGUACAACGAAGCUGAUCGAGUGAAAAGUGCAUCUAAGUUGUUUCAUUUGGCCACCGGUCACAAUUUUACUUUUCCUCACGCAGUUGAACUGCUCAAUCAAGAUCCAAAAUGGAGGUCAAAGCUGAGAUGGGCCUUGUCAAAGGAGGAAAGAAAAGUUGUGUGUGCUGUAAAGGAGGAAGGAAGUGGUGGUAGUGGUAAGAGGUCGAGGGAUGAUAUUGAAGGUGAUGAUACACCUGCCGAUGGUUUUUCAUCUGGAGGAUUACGUCGGCCCGAUGGUGUGAAGAAAUCAAAGGCCAAACGGAAAGGAAAAGUCGUAGCUACGGACAGCGGUUCUUCUAACCUUAGCGAACGGAUUAAGCAUUAUUCCAGACCAUCAUCCAGUUCAAGUUCAUCUUCUUCAAAUAAUGAAGAAUAUGAUGAACUCGUUGAUGCAAUGUUCUCAUUCUUGCCCCCAACUUCCCUGAUGCCCCACACACAAUCCCAAUCCCCUACAGGAACACACAGAGGGGAUACGAACAAAAGAGAUAGGGAAAUGGGACAUGCCAGGUUGUUUAAUGAUUAUUUUUCAGAUAACCCUGUGUACAACACCAACCAAUUCAGAAGAAGAUUUCGGAUGCAACGACCUCUGUUUGAGCGUAUUAUGAACAAGGUUGUAGAAGGUGAUGUUUACUUCAAGCAGCGUAGGGAUGUAGCUGGAAGGUUAGGCUUAUCUCCUCUGCAAAAAUGCACAGCCGCAAUAAGAAUGUUAGCCUACAGCUUGGCUGCAGACGUUGUCGAUGAAUAUGUUUGA